AUGGCGCCAGAGAGGCCGCGCGAAUCCUCGAUCGAGCACACGCCCGAGUAUGACGACUUCAUGAACAAGCUCGAAGACUACCACGCAAAAAGAGGCACCACGCUCGACCGCGAACCGAAAGUCGGUCAACGGCACCUGAACCUGUUUCAACUAUACCAACGCGUUUGCGAGGAAGGUGGAUACGACAAGGUCUCCGAUACCAAGAACAACAAACUGGCCUGGCGCCGCAUCGCCGCCGACUUCAUACCUCCCGACCAAAACCCCACAACCCAGGCUUUUAUCGUCAAGAAGGCCUACUACAAAAACCUUGCAGCGUACGAGAUCAAGCAUUUCCACGGCAAGGAGCCUCCACCAAAGGAGAUUCUCGAGCACGUUUCUGCAAAAGGCGGCGAUCUUCUCAGGCGCACCAGGGAGAACUUCUCCGCUUCGUCAAAUCGCGAGCUCGAGAGCUUAACGAACGGUCAGGACAAAGACAGCGACGAAUCAGAGGAAGAAGCGCAGAAGACACCCAAGGAAGACAAGAUGGAUAUCGAUGGGCCACCCGGUAGCACCGGCCGCGUGACUCGAGCUUUGCGACAAGCCCCGCCCCAGCGUGUUCUCUUCCAGCCGGAGGUCUCGUCAAGACAAACACGCUCCUCGGGCCAGCACAAUUCUCCUACGCCCGGUUCAUACUCGCAGCCCAAUGGCUCCUUCAGCGGAGGCGGUAACAGCAUGAGCAUCAUAGCGAACUAUGAGCCGAAGCCGGUCGUUCCUUCCAACGUCAAGCCUGUCAUGACGCCCAGCAACAACCCAGAGCACUUCCGCAGCCUCCGCAGCAGGAUGACGAGCAGAUACGCGAGGCCUCCUCCUCAGAAUAAGGGGAUGAUGCUGCCAGGAACUGGCUUUACAGGACCGAAUAUAUAUAUCAGGGCCUUGCUUUCCCUCCAAUCAGGCAGCGUCGAAGAACAAGCGUACGCCCUGCAUCACCUCGUAAAAAUUUCACACGAGCGAGGAGACAAGUAUCGAUUUGACGGCUUCCCCGGCCUCGCUGAAGCUCUGAUUGACCGGCUUCUCGAUGUCAGCACGCUCUUCUACGGUUUUCACUGGGAGAUCUGCUAUAUUGAGGAUGAGUCUUUGGAAAGGAACGAUACGCUCAAUGCGAUCAGCGGAACGGCAAAAUUGCUCCAGAAAAUCCGAUCGCACCCGCUGCUGGAUUUUACAGACGACGUGCAGACCAGAGAAUUCAGCGAGGCGCUUGGCCGCGUCAAUGAGGCCGGGCUGGUCAUUCGUAAUCUUGUGAUGCUUGACGCGAAUGCUCACUACGUUUCUCAGCUGCCAUUGAUUCAGGAUUUCAUCACCAUUGCUCUCAAUCUUCCUCCCCGGUCUUCUGUCAUCGAACUGAAGCACUACGCACUCGAAAUCGCCGAGCAGCUGUCGAGGUAUUGGAUCCUUAACUCGGAGCAUCACCUGUAUCAGACGCUGCUUGCCCAGCUGGAUUCCAGCGAUCGUGGGACCAUCAUUACUGCGCUGCGGGCCUUGUCUCGGAUAGCAAUGAACGCGAAUCCGAGAUACGAACUGAUCAACGUACCCACCCAGGUCAUUCAGCACGUGUGCGAGUGGCUGCUAGUGGAGGACGAGCAGCUCCGUGAAGCAUGCUUGGAUUUCCUCUAUCUUUACACGGCCACGACUGAAAAUGUCGAGACAUUGAUACAGCACACUGACGUCGAAGGGCUCGUGAAGCAGCUAGUCAGGCUGUUGCUUUAUAAUGCACAGACAAUCAAACUGCCAGUCCCGACGAAGGCGCCGGGCAAGUCAGCCAACACGGCGCCUGAGACGGCACCGAAGCUUGCCGCUUCGAUCAUCGACCAGCUACUGUCCCUCGAUGAACCCGAUCGUAGCUCACAAUGGCUCAAGACGUGCUUUGAAGAGGACCCUUCGGGGGAAAUAACGCAGAUUGCCCUCUGGACAGCUUACAAUGCGGCUUUCCAAGCGCCUAUUCAGAAGCUCACGACUCAGCAGCAAUCCUCGUCACUGCCCUCUACGCCUGGAAGCACGGCACCCUCUGCAGCCCAGGCAAAGGCACCGAAGCCUAUGAUGGCCGCCAAAGACUUCAUUACCAACGUUUCCAACACGUUCCCCUCAGCCGCCGCGCAAGUCAUCACUGCCGGAGGGGUGCAAAAAUAUACCAUCAAGGGUAUCCGUCCCCGGACCAUUCCCGUGGACCUGAGAAAUCGGCCGUACAUCAAGUGCCGAUGGGUGUCGCCGCCUUCGUUUCCGUCGGGUUCGCAAGCUGGGGGUGAGGAGUGCGGUGAGUUCGUAAAAGAACCGAAGCAGAUAUGGGAGCAUGUCUUGCAGACGCACCUUGGGCUCAGCAAGGACUCGAAUGGGAAAUGGCAGGUCGAGGAAGCUGCGACCAACGGAGUCAGCGAGGAGAGUGAGACGAAGGAGAAGCCGAAGAAGCUGGACUGCCGGUGGGCAGGCUGCUUGCACUUUGGUAGGGCAGGCGCGGAACCCACGGUCUUCGAGGUCGGGAGGCAUGUGCAGACGCAUCUUCCGGACAGCUCGGAGAAAUCGCAGAUCCGGAACCAACAUAACCAGCCUGGCAGCCUUGCACCGGAAGCUGGCGGGGCUGUGCAACAGCAGUAUUACGGAGCUUUUGGCCCUCUGCGUGGAAAUGGCCGGGGAGACCAGAGCAGCGAGAUCAGAUGGCUCAAUACGGCAAUGGACGAGCGCAGCGUCGCACAGAGUCUUUCCGGGGCGUCUGCAAUGGUGCUACGCAGUCUUGCCAGGCGGCUGAACGCGGUGACGGGGCAAGGGAGCAAGGACACGGGCGAGGACACGGACAUGGAGGGUGAAGAGGGGGGCUGGGUACGCAAAGUGUUCGGGCCAGUAAAGGACGAUUUGUUCUUCGUCAUGGCGCACAACCAAUCGCUGAAGGAGGGGAUCUUUGAUCUCUUGAGGGAGAUCAGCAGUGCUGGGGCUUGA